AUGACUACUCUUAAGAUGCCAGAGAAAACAGAAUACAUGGACAAGGAGAUGCAAGACUCCAGUGUUGGAGAAGUUAUGGAGUAUCAAGCAUCUCCUGAAGAGGAGCGUCGACUAUUACAGAAGUUGGAUUUAUUUAUGAUUCCAAUUAUGGGCAUCUGUUACAUGCUUCAAUACAUGGAUAAACUUGCCUUGAGUCAAGCUACUCUCCUCGGGCUCCGCGAAGACUUGGGCCUUGUUGGAAAACAAUACACAUGGUGCUCGGCAAUUUUCUAUUUUGGAUAUCUGGCCUGGGCUUACCCAACUUCUUACUUGAUUGUGCGCCUUCCAUUGGGGAAGUACCUCGCUGUAUCAGUGUUCCUUUGGGGUGGUAUUCUCAUGUGCCAUGCAGCCGCCCAGAACUAUGGUGGUCUCAUAACUUGUCGAUUCCUGCUGGGAAUGGGUGAGGCGGCUGUCGCUCCCGGAUUCGGUCUCAUCACAGGAAUGUUUUACAAGAGAGAAGAGCAACCAGCUCGCCAAGGUGCAUGGUUCAUCGGUAACUGCAUUGCGAACCUCAUCGGUGGUGUGAUCGCAUGGGGCAUUGGCCAAUGCUCUUCAUCAUUGGAAAGCUGGCGUCUGCUGUUCCUCGUCCUCGGUGCGAUCACUUCCGGCUACUCCAUCCUCCUCUUCUUCGUCCUCCCCGACUCGCCCGCGACAGCAUCCUUCCUCACCGAGACCGAACGAGUAAUUGCAGUGCAGCGGACCAUGAAGAACAAGACAGGCACUGCUGAGGCCACAGAGGUGUUUGAAUGGAAGCAAGUCCGAGAGGCUGCGUGUGACCCACAGGCAUGGUGCCUGGUCCUGUACACAUUCUGUGUCAACCUCGCCAACGGCGGACUUACUAGCUUCUCCGCUAUCAUCAUUGCCGGAUUUGGAUACUCCGACUUCAAGUCCCUCUUGUUGCAGAUGCCCAUGGGUGCGUCUCAGCUAGUCUUCUUGGUCAUCACCGCCGGAAUCGCCACAUACGUCCGAUCAUCGCGUCUCAUCUGUAUGUGCUUCAAUGUGAUCGUCGCAGUUAUCGGUGUCGUUCUGAUCUACACACUCGACGACACCCACAGAGUGGUCAAGUUGGUUGGUCUGGCUUUCGUUGCUGUUUUCGCCAUCAACAUUCCCCUCAGUCUGAGUAUCGUCACCUCUAAUGUUGCUGGUGCGACAAAGAGAAGUACUAUCUCAGUUUCCAUCUUUGCCGCAUACUGUGUUGGCAACAUCGUGGGUCCCCAAUUCUUCUAUGCCUCGCAAGAGCCAAAAUACUCCAGCGGUAUUGAGGCCUCUCUGUGUGGAUUGGUAAUUGGAGUCUUCUUCCUAGGAGUGCUAUUUGUGUACUACAUGUGGGAAAACAGAAGACGUAACUUGGUUGAGGGAUCAUCCGAGGUUGAGAUUAUCGCUGAAGAAGAGAAGCACAGGACCGACAAACAGAUCCCUGGUUUCCGUUAUACCCUAUGA